GUAAGCAUGGCUGAGGAUAAAAAAGCCUUUGUUGAUGAGAUAAAUAAAGCGUUGGCAAAGUCUGAAGGGCUUACCUGGAAGGAUCUGCUGUUCUCCUAUCAGGGGACCCUGUAUCCUGUCACAGUGUGCAGUGCAGAAACGUUCCAAGCCCUGGAGAACCUGGAAGCCAGAAGAGAUGAUAUGGUGCUGGUGUCCUACCCGAAAUGUGGUGUGAACUGGCUUAUCCAGAUUUUAAGUGAUUUGAUAUUUACAACUAUCCAGAGUAAACCUGUAAGCACAGAACUACCAUUUAUUGAAUGUGGAGAUCCAGAUAAAUACCAGAGGAUGAAGCAGAUUCCAUCUCCAAGGAUUUUGGCAACACAUCUGAACUAUGAUUGCCUCCCCAAGUCUGUUUUCAAGAACAAAGCCAAGAUACUAGUGCUGUUUUGAAACCCUAAAGAUACAGCUGUUUCAUUUUUCCAUUUCCACAACAAUGUGCCAAGCGUCCCCAGUUACAGCUCCUGGGAUGAGUUCUUCUCAGAGUUCAUGAAUGGGAAAGUUGGCUGGGGAUCCUAUUUUGAUCACGUGGUCACCUGGAACAAACACACUGAGGAUGAGAAUACUGUGAUCAUAAUAUAUGAAGACCUGAAAGAGAACCUGACUGCCAGUGUAAAGCAGAUAGCUGAAUUCUUUGGAUUCUCCCCAACGGCAGAGCAGAACCAGUCCAUUGCAGACAGGGCCACUUUCCAGGCAGUGAAGGAUAAGGCGCAGGAGACUCAUGGUGCUGUUGGCUCAAUUCUUUUCCGCAAAGGUGUUGUUGGAGACUGGAAAGAUCUUUUCACUGAAGCUCAGAACCAGGAAAUGGAUGCCAAAUUCAAAGUGUGGUUAGAAGGAACUAAUCUGGGAGCGAAGUUAAAAUAUGAUGUGUACUGCAAGGCCUGAACCUCCUUUAGAGAAAAAACUUAUGUCGAGGCUGCUUUUCAUUCACUUUUAUGAAAUAAAACAGAAACCAGGACAAUAUCUGAUUUCAAAAUUUUGAAAAUCCAUGCAAUUUGCAAACCUGUUUCUGCUGUCUUAACUCACACAAGCAAUCCUUGCUCGUGCAGUUAGUAUCAUUGACUUCACUGGAUUCUCUUAAAUGACCUGUAG